AACAGUCCAAAAAAGCAAAAGGGCUGCCGCCUCCGAGGGGCUUGCUCUGUGCGAGGUGCUCGCCCUGUAUCUGCCAUGCAAAACGAGGGAGCUUUAUGAAGGAAUCCGUCUUGUAAAGCCAUUGGUCCUGGUCAUCAGCCUCUACCCAAUGCUUUCGUGAUGCUGCCGCUGAUCUAUUUGGGAAGUUGGCUGGCUGGCGAGGCAGAGCCUCUCCUCAAAGCCUGGCUCCCACGGAAAAUAUGCUCAGUGCAGACAAGUGCAUGAAUGAAAACGCCGCCGGGCGCUUCUAGUCGGGCAAAAUGCAGCCGAGAACUCCGCUCCUUCUGUGCGUUCUCCUGUCCCAGGUGCUGCUGCUAACAUCUGCAGAAGAUUUGGACUGCACGCCUGGAUUUCAGCAGAAAGUGUUCCAUAUCAAUCAGCCAGCUCAGUUCAUCGAGGACCAGGCGAUUCUAAACUUGACCUUCAGUGACUGCAAAGGAAACAACAAGCUACACUAUGAGGUCUCAAGCCCAUACUUCAAGGUGAACAAUGAUGGCAGCUUAGUUGCCCUGAAAAACAUAACUGCGGUAGGCAAGACUCUGUUCAUCCAUGCCCGGACUCCCCAUGCAGAAGACAUGGCAGAACUCAUGAUUGUCGGGGGGAAAGACAUCCAGGGCUCCUUGCAGGAUAUAUUUAAAUUUGCAAGAACUUCUCCUGUCCCAAGACAAAAGAGGUCCAUUGUGGUAUCUCCCAUUUUAAUUCCAGAGAAUCAGAGACAACCUUUCCCAAGAGAUGUUGGCAAGGUAGUCGAUAGUGACAGACCGGAAGGGUCCAAGUUCCGGCUCACUGGAAAGGGAGUGGAUCAAGAGCCUAAAGGAAUUUUCAGAAUCAAUGAGAACACGGGUAGCGUCUCCGUGACACGGACCUUGGACAGAGAAACGAUCGCUACUUAUCAACUAUUUGUGGAGACCACUGAUGUCAAUGGCAAAACUCUUGAGGGGCCAGUUCCUCUGGAAGUCAUUGUGAUUGACCAGAAUGACAACAGACCCAUCUUUCGAGAAGGCCCCUACAUUGGCCAUGUCAUGGAAGGAUCGCCAACAGGGACCACGGUGAUGCGGAUGACAGCCUUUGAUGCGGACGACCCAGCCACAGAUAAUGCCCUCCUGCGGUACAAUAUCCGACAGCAGACGCCUGACAAGCCGUCUCCAAACAUGUUCUACAUCGAUCCUGAAAAGGGGGACAUCGUCACUGUCGUGUCACCUGCCUUGCUGGACCGGGAGACUCUGGAAAAUCCCAAGUAUGAAUUGAUCAUCGAGGCUCAAGACAUGGCUGGACUGGAUGUCGGGUUAACAGGCACGGCCACAGCAACAAUUAUGAUCGAUGACAAAAACGAUCACUCACCAAAAUUCACCAGGAAAGAGUUUCAAGCCACUGUUGAGGAAGGAGUUGUGGGGGUUAUUGUCAACUUGACAGUUGAAGACAAGGACGACCCCUCCACAGGUGCAUGGAGGGCGGCCUACACCAUCAUCAACGGAAACCCGGGCCAGAGCUUCGAGAUCCACACCAACCCUCAGACCAACGAGGGGAUGCUAUCUGUGGUCAAACCCCUAGACUACGAGAUUUCUGCCUUUCACACCCUGCUAAUCAAAGUGGAAAAUGAGGACCCGCUGGUGCCCGACGUCUCCUACGGCCCUAGCUCCACGGCCACCGUUCAUAUCACUGUCCUGGAUGUCAACGAGGGUCCGGUUUUCUACCCAGACCCCAUGACGGUGACCAGGCAGGAGAACAUCUCUGUGGGCAGCGUGCUCCUGACCGUGAACGCCACGGACCCUGAUUCCCUGCAGCAUCAAACCAUCAGAUACUCUGUUUACAAGGACCCAGCAGGCUGGCUGAAUAUUAACCCCAUCAAUGGGACCGUUGACACCACAGCGGUGCUGGACCGCGAGUCGCCAUUCGUCCACAACAGCGUGUACACUGCCCUCUUCCUAGCAAUCGACAGUGGCAACCCUCCUGCUACUGGGACCGGAACGUUGCUGAUCACUCUGGAGGAUGUGAACGACAACGCCCCCUUCAUUUACCCCACAGUCGCUGAAGUCUGCGACGAUGCCAAAAACCUCAGCGUCGUGAUUUUGGGAGCAUCAGAUAAGGAUCUUCACCCCAAUACAGACCCUUUCAAAUUUGAGAUCCACAAACAGGCUGUUCCCGAUAAAGUCUGGAAGGUCUCCAAGAUCAAUAAUACGCAUGCCCUGGUAAGCCUUCUUCAAAACCUGAACAAAGCCAACUACCACCUGCCCAUCAUGGUGACAGAUUCAGGGAAACCACCCAUGACGAACAUCACAGACCUCAGGGUACAAGUGUGCUCCUGCAAGAACUCCAAAGUGGACUGCAACGCGGCGGGGGCCCUGCACUUCAGCGUGACCUCAGUCCUGCUCAUGUCCCUCUUCAGUUUGGCUUGUCUGUGAGAACUCCUGAUAUUUGAAGCUUGAUUCCCAAGUUUCCAUAGCAACAGGAAAAAGAAAAAAAAAAAAUCCAAAUCUGAAGAUUGCAGUUUACAGCUCUCAAACUUCACACCUAGGCCUCAAUUGUUUCAGAUUUUUGUUUUCUUUGCGACUUCACUGGGUCUGUACUUCACCAUUUCUCCUUUAAUUAAUGGAAUCUUCUGAAUUUCCCUGAAUGUUUAAAGAUCACAGCAUAUAACUUGACCUUCUGGGAGCAGAGACAAUGACUACUUUUUCUGAUGUGUUGCCAUGUUGCUAGUCAGCACUCCACACAUGCAGCUGUGUCUGUGGGUUCGUAUUUGUAUAUGUGUGAGUAUCUGUAUGUGUAUAUACACAGUAUUUAUAGAGAGAAACGCUACAGAAGGAGCCUAGUUUUGAUAUGUCAUUCUUCCAUGAGAGGUUACACAAAGAAAGGAUAGAAGCUAUGCCACUGUCCCCUCCAGGGCCUCGGCAUCGAGCGAAGCACUAGUACAGACCACAGAGCUGACGCUUCUCCACCAUCCUGGGCGGUCUGCGUGCCACCACCGCCUGCCAGGCAGGUCCGCAAAGAGAGCAGAGACACAAGUCCUUUCUCUUUAGUAAAGGACUGCAACCAAUUUUCACUGCCACCCCAUGCCAUGAUCCCAAGCAAAAGUGGUGAGGGGCAGAGCAGCAAAUUUUACCAUCAAAUGCUAAGAAAAGGGCUGAAAUAUUCUUUCGGGGGCAUCCCUCUGCAUCUGUAGGUGUCCUGAAUCCAGUCCCACCGGUUCUUACAAGGACGCAGAUCAUGGCAGCGAAUCUGUCUCUCCUCAGUAUCUGUACCUUUGCAGACGUCAUCGUGGAGGCCCUACCUGCGUGGGAGGAGGUUGACAGGCACAUGUGUGUACACGUAUAUGCCCACAUGUAUAGACACCCCUUUAUGCACAUACACGUUUGUUUCAUAUAUACAGGCAUAAAAUAGAGUAAAUACAGGUAGUUUUAAAAGUACCCUUUUGUGUGACUCAACUACCGUUGUUUGCAAACCUGAAAAUAAAAGAUGUUCAUUAUGUAUGAAAAGUAAUUGAUUUUUAUUCUGUGAGCAUGUCAAAGAGGAAACUCCAUGCUUGUACUAAGAUUAUCUUCUUAUUGAUAAACUGUAAAGAACCAUCCAAGCUCACACCAAAUUUUUCUAUCAGAUACAACUAGUGACAGCCUGUGGCUUUUUAUUAGAGCUGGCCACGAACUAGCGUAAGGUAAGUGUCUUAGCAUAUUUCAGUGCAGUUGCUUACUAAAGGUUUUAAUCACAUGCACAUGCGCGCGCACACCCACGCACACCCACGCUUUCUUAUGCAAUCUCUGUUUGCACCUGUGCUUUCAGUUCGCCUUCUGUAGGAAGUAGGAGUCAUAUGUUGUCUUUAUUGUAGUGAAAUUAUGCAGAUUGAGUUCCAUAUAUUGUAUUUGUUUCAAUAGUAAGUCUUUUUGGAGCAUAGAGAAUGCAGAUUUUUUUUCCAUUAAAAUAAAUGGGUAUUGGUGGUUAAAACGGCUGGACAGUA